CGAGCGUGCACCAGCUGCCUCUCGGCCAGAUGGAGGUGUCACUGGUGCCCCUCCACCUACACCUGUGUCUCCAACCACUCGCAGUGUGACGACGCGCUGCGGAUGAAGGAGAAAAUUGACUGUCCACGAAUUGUCCCUGCCUCUUUGGACCCGAUGCCCACAGGAGUGCCUCGGGACAUUACGAUCUCACUGGCUAAUGCGACUUUCUCGCAGGAGGCAGCCCUGGAGUGCCAUUUUGGGACGGGCAGGACGUUUGAAGCCCGGUGGGUGAACUCCUCCGCUGUGGAGUGCGUACACGUGCUGCUCCACACAUCAGAAAAAAACGAUCUCUUCCCAGUGAACCUUCAGCUGAAGGACAGACCAGACAGAUUUAUCGACAGUCCUGAGAUGAUGACAGUGGAGGUGUACAACUGUGCGACCGGGAGCGCCGACUGUUCCCAGUGCCUGGGGCGGGAGGACCUGGGGCACCGCUGCGUCUGGAGUGAGAGCAGCUCCAGCUGCAGGCUGCAGGGCGAGCCCCCCCAGACCUCAGACGUCUGCCCAGCUCCGGAGAUUAAGAAGAUCGAGCCGCUGCGUGGGCCGUUGGAGGGGGGGACCCUGCUGACCAUCCGCGGGAGGAACCUGGGCCGACGCUUCAGCGACGUCCUGGGAGCCGUCAGGAUCGGCAGCGUGCACUGCGCGCCGCUGCCCCACAGAUACGUCGUCUCUGAGGCGAUCGUGUGCCGGACCGGAGAGGCUCAGGAGGCGUUUUCUGAUGUGGUGACAGUUAACGUGAGCCGGGAAGGGAAGUCCAGGGAGCGAUACUCCUACGUGCUUCCCGUGGUGCAGUCCAUAGCUCCGCUGAACGGCCCGAAGGCUGGAGGAACCAGAGUGACCAUCAGAGGCAGCAAGCUGGACGUGGGCUCUGAGCUCCGAGUCCUCGUCAACAGCUCCAAGCAGUGCACUGACCUCAGCCGCAACGACAGCACCAUCACCUGCACCAUGCCGUCCGCCGAGCUCACCGCAGCCGUGCCCGUCUGCGUGCAGUUCGAGAACAAGUCUUGUGCCAGCUACGACAUCAUGUUCAAGUUUGAGAAGAACCCUGUUAUAUCAGACAUCAACCCUAAAAAGAGCCAAAUCAGCGGGGGCAGGACCAUCACCCUGGAAGGAAGAGGCUUUGAGCUGGUCCAGAACGUGUCCAUGCUGGUCCGUGGCAUCGGCAGAGAGCAGACGAGCUGUAGGGUUCUCACCGACACCGUGAUCACCUGCCCCUCUCCAGCUGCCUCCAACGUCACUGCGGGGAGCAAGCCCGCGCCCGUCGACUUCUAUCUCAACGGUCGCCUCUACGCGGACGACCGUCCGGCUCUGGACGAGGAGAUGUACCCCGAGGAGGCCUUGCACAUCAGCAAGUUCAGCCUGGAGUACUAUGCCGACCCCCAGUUCUUCACAGCCAAGAAAGAGAAGUGGAUCAAGCACCAUCCUGGCGAGCCUUUAACCCUGGUCAUACACAAAGAGCCUGACAGCCUGGGCCUGGAAAGCAAUGAGUACCAGGUGAAAAUUGGCCUUAUCUCGUGUGAGAUCCAGAUUGUUUCGGACAAAGUCAUCCACUGCUCUGUCAACGAGUCCCUGAGCACCUCAGAAAGGCAGUUACCAGUGACGAUCCAAGUUGGAAAGUUCAACUACACAAUCGCCAUGCUGCACCUUGGGGGAGGAGAGACUGCAAUCAUCGUCUCCAUCGUCAUCUGCAGCAUCCUGCUGGUCCUCUCGGUCGUAGCUCUCUUUGUGUUUUGCACAAAGAGCCGCAGAGCUGAGCGCUACUGGCAGAAAACCCUGCUCCAGAUGGAGGAGAUGGAGUCGCAGAUCCGGGAGGAAAUCCGCAAAGGUUUUGCGGAACUGCAGACAGACAUGACAGACCUGACCAAGGAGUUGAACCGCAGCCAGGGGAUCCCGUUCCUGGAGUACAAGCACUUUGUCACCCGGACAUUCUUCCCCAAAUGUUCCUCGCUCUACGAGGAGUGCUACAUCCUGCCCACCCCGCAGCUCAGCUCCCAGGUGGGCUCCCAGGUCCAGGAAACCCACCCGCUCCUGGUGGGGGAAUGGAAAAUCCCUGAAAACUGCAGACCCAAUAUGGAAGAAGGAAUCUCGCUGUUCUCCACCUUACUCAACAACAAGCACUUUCUCAUUGUGUUUGUCCAUGCUCUCGAGCAGCAGAAGGACUUUGCUGUUAGAGACAGAUGUAACCUGGCCUCCCUGCUCACUAUUGCGUUGCACGGGAAACUGGAGUAUUACACCAGCAUCAUGAAGGACCUCUUGGUGGAUCUGAUAGAUGCUUCGGCUUCCAAAAACCCCAAGCUGAUGCUGAGGAGGACGGAAUCCGUGGUGGAGAAGAUGCUGACCAACUGGAUGUCCAUCUGCAUGUACAGCUAUCUCAGAGAGACGGUCGGCGAGCCCUUCUUCCUGCUGAUCUGUGCGAUCAAGCAGCAGAUCAACAAAGGCUCCAUCGACGCCAUCACGGGGAAAGCCAGGUACACCCUCAACGAGGAGUGGCUCCUGAGGGAGAACAUCGAGGCAAAGCCGAGGAACCUCAACGUCUCCUUCCAAGGCUGCGGGAUGGACUCCCUGAGCGUCAGGGCCAUGGACACGGACACGCUCAGCCAAGUGAAGGAGAAGAUCCUGGAGGCCUUCUGCAAGAAUGUCCCCUACUCCCAGUGGCCAAGGGUGGAAGACGUCGACCUGGAGUGGUUUGCCACCAGCACCGACAGCUACAUCCUCCGGGACCUUGAUGACACCUCGGUGGUGGAGGAUGGCAGGAAGAAGCUCAACACAUUAGCACAUUACAAGAUCCCCGAAGGGGCGUCGCUGGCCAUGAGUCUGUCAGACAAGAAGGACAGCACGCUGAGCAGGGUGAAGGAUUUGGACACCGAGAAGUACUUCCACUUGGUUCUCCCAACCGACGAGUCGGUUGAACAUAAGAAGUCCCACAGGCAGAGCCACAGGAAGAAAGUCCUGCCGGAGAUCUACCUGACCAGGCUGCUCUCCACCAAGGGCACGCUGCAGAAGUUCCUGGACGACUUGUUCAAAGCCAUUCUCAGCAUCCGAGAUGAUAAACCACCUGUGGCCGUGAAGUAUUUCUUUGACUUCCUAGAGGAGCAAGCAGAGAAAAGAGGGAUCACGGACCCUGACACUAUGCACAUCUGGAAGACCAACAGCCUACCUCUGAGGUUUUGGGUCAACAUCCUGAAGAACCCCCAGUUUGUCUUCGACAUCGACAAGACAGACCACAUCGACGCCUGUCUCUCCGUGAUCGCCCAGGCCUUCAUCGACGCCUGCUCCCUGUCCGACCUGCAGCUGGGCAAGAGGCUGGUGGCAGCAGAGGGGACCCUCCAGAGAGAGGGGCGGAGGUGGGCGCUGCUCUGCGCUCCCCCAGACCGAGAGCAGCAGGAAGCCUUCGCUGGGAGAGGUUAA